GUUAUUAUUAGUGGAGUGUAGUGUACGGAGUAGUGCUGGAUAGUUGGAGGGUGAGCGGGCUGGGCUGGGAGGGGAGGGGGUCCGUCCCCAAUUUUCCCUCGGAUGAUUCGCGGCCCAGCAGAGUCUAGACCGCAUCCCGUCCAUCAACGAAGAAUCCCUGCCACUGGAUGGACGGCCCGGAUCGUGCGGAAAGCCGCUCUUGCUUCCAUCUCACUUCCUUCAUCCCAUCCUCCCAUCAUCCCUUUGGCCAUCGCAUCACCCCGCGGAGGUAUUACCAAGAGACCUGCCAGUCGCGCUGCUGCUGAACCUGCCGGUGAAUUGUGCCAAGUUGGCCCUCUCCAGUGUGCCCCAGAAAAUCAUCUACCAGCCCGAUUGAACCGGAUGUCAACUGCUUGCGCGCCCUGUCUUACUAACCCCCAAAGCCACCUGUCGAGCCGAAGCUGCAGGAUCCCAAACUCUAAUACAACUCAUCAUGCAAGGCUGAGCCCAUCUCUCGACCUCCCACUUCCAUCAUCCUCGGUCUGGAGGAAGACCCAUCCAGGAACCUAUCCAGGUUAAUUCACCCCCUCCAUCACUAGGAGCUACUGGAAAUGGUCCAAUCAGCAAGGCCAGCCCUAUGUUCGAGAGCGCUGUGUACAUGGUGCUCUGUCAUACUUUGCUUCGGUCUACUGGGCCUGUUGUACAUGAGACUGCUGAAAGACGAUUUCACUCUAAUCCUUAAUCGAGUCGAGAAAUAUCCAGCUAAGCACCGACCGAAUGCA